CCCGUUCCCUUGCCUUUGGGUAGUUUGAGGCAGCGCUCCCGAGCCAGUCUCGGCCCGCGUCCAUGGCGGGUGCCCGCGCGGUCGCCGUGGCCACUCCGGCCGCGCCGCCCCGCGCCGCCGGUCCCAGCUCCAACUUGGCCCCGCGGUGGAGCAGCCUCUUCCGCGUGUUUUGCCGGUAUCGCUCACGCGUGGCCGCGUCGGGUCCCGCGGCCACGAGGAGCCGCGCCGGUCGCGCGCGCCUCUCCAGCCGCGACCCCGCCGACGCCGAAACCGACGCGGGCGCGGGGCGAGUCCUCAAGGAUGACUCAAGCUACCUGUGGACAUUGGGCCUUGGAUCCGUCGGUGGCGCUGCGGUUAUAAAGUACGGAAGCAUCCUGCUCCCUGACAUCACAACGCCAAACAUUGUGCUAGCUCUGCUGAUGGUGUCCCUGCCUGUCGUAGCUGCAGUCUUGAUUUUGCUCAAGGCGAGCUCGUCGGAGGACUGAUUCGAGGACUCCUUGUCGAAACUUGAGACAAUUUAAUAAAACUUCUUUAAGAUUUCCGGCAUCUUGUAA